AUGACUGUCAGUUACACAAAUGGCGAUGCAUCAGUUACUCGCAAACCUUUGUUUGUCGCCGAACCACCAUUGGGAAAAGAUGGCAGACCAAUUAUCCAGAAAGUCUUGAUUGCCAACCGUGGAGAAAUCGCCUGUCGCAUCAUUCAGACCUGCCGCAAACUAAACAUUGAAUCAGUAGCCGUCUAUGUGGAAGAAGAUGCAUCAUCCCGUCAUGUUCAAGAUGCAGAUGAAGCUAUCAACCUCGGUAGCAUUGACAACAGUAGUCGCAACCCAUUUCUUGAUAUAGAUCUGCUGGUCCAAACAGCCGUUUCAGCCAACGCUCAAGCCAUCCAUCCGGGAUAUGGGUACUUGAGCGAAAAUGCAGACUUUGCACAACGUGUCCACGAAGCAGGGCUCAUCUUUAUCGGCCCGAGCCCCAGUGCAAUGUCUACCCUCGGUGACAAGAGAUCAUCCAAAGAGUAUCUGCGCUUGCAUGCCCCUGAUGUCCCACUUAUUCCUGGGUUCUCGGGAUCAAGCCAGGACGCAGAAGCCUUGAGGAAAGUGGCUGCCGAGAUUGGAUUCCCGGUUAUGCUGAAGGCAUCGGCCGGCGGAGGUGGAAAGGGUAUGCGCAUUGUUCGAGAAGCGGGUCAACUCAAGGAUGAACUGGAACGAGCUCAAUCCGAGGCUCGUCGCUCCUUUGGGUCAGAUGACUGCAUCCUAGAGAAAUUCAUUGAGAGCAGCAAGCAUGUGGAGAUCCAGAUUAUGGGUGACUCAACCGGACAUGUAGUCUCAUUUCUGGAUCGGGAUUGCUCGGUGCAACGAAGGCAUCAGAAGGUCAUUGAAGAGACACCUUGCCCAUUCCUCACGGAGGAGACUCGACAAAAGAUGAGCACCACUGCAGUCAGAGUCGCAGAAUUGAUUGGAUAUGAGAAUGCCGGUACUGUUGAGUUUGUGGUUGAUAUCAAGACGCAUCAGUUCUACUUCCUGGAAGUCAACGCCCGUCUCCAGGUUGAGCAUCCAAUCACCGAAGAAGUCACCGGAGUCGAUCUAGUCGCUUUGCAACUUUUUGUCGCAGCCGGAGGCAGUUUGAAGAGUCUACCCCAACUGCAGAAUGUGACUCAGCGUGGACACGCAAUCGAGUGCCGAUUUUGCGCCGAAAACCCGGAGAAAGACUUCUUCCCAGAACAUGGCAGAGUCCACCUUUGGUUGCCGGCUGGUGGGUCUUUAGCACCAAGCCGAGAUAUUCGUUAUGAAACGGCUAUCCAGACUGGGUCCUCCGUAUCCAUCUAUUUUGAUUCCAUGAUUGCCAAGCUUGUCGUCUGGGCUCCAACACGAGCGCUUGCUAUCGAGAAGAUGGUCAAAGUUUUGGCCCAAACUGCAUGCGUUGGUGUGAAGACCAAUCAGCUCUUCAUGCAAUCCUGCCUAUUGAAUCCGGCGUUCCGCGAUCCCGCAUACACGACGGCGUUCAUUCCCACGCAUCUGGGUGAGCGUUUCCGAGUUCCUGCGAUCCCAGGUUUACCAGAGUAUGAGAAACUUGCCGCCAUCAUUCCAAGCUUGGUGAUUCGUCGGUUGCCAGACCAUGCCACCCCAUUGUCGCGUCCAAAGCCUCUUCGGAAUGUUCGUAUGCAAUUCCGAAAUCAAAGAUUCGAUCCAGUGAAUAUUCAUUGCGACGUGGUGACAACAACCAGUUGGCCAAAAAAGUCUAGCGAAGAGUUAGACUCAACACCAUCACAACAGAUUAUGUGCAUUUGGAAAGCAAUAGAAGCAGGAUCAUCAUCAGCCACCGAGGAAGUAUACCUAUUUUCGGUUCCCGAUAACAGAAGCCCCAAGAGCGAGGAGCUAUCGGCAGCGGCAGAGAUCUCCGCCCAGUAUAACGAGAUCAGCCAGGCGCUGCGAAGUGGCAAAGCAACGUCCUCGCCUGUUCAAAAGGUGCAGGUUGUUUCAUGGCGACCCGCAGAAGGCAAUCCCGCUCAGCCAGAUUCCUGGCUUGCGUCAACCAUUGAAAUCUCGGUCAAUGGAUCCAAGCUCACCGCUCAUGUAGCCAUCCCGUCAACCCGGGCGCAUACAUUAGUGGGUCAAGUUGAUUGUGGCCAGCAGAUUCACUGCCAUCUUCCCGCUCUCGGCACUCAUGUAGAAUUUCGACGCGAUACUUUGCUUUCCUUUGCGGAAAGUAAACGAUCGGCGAAGGCAAGUCAGGGGUCCGAGCAGAAGACUGUUGCGGCACCUAUGCCAUGCAAGGUGCUCUCGGUGUUGAGAAAGAAUGGAGAUGAAGUCAAGUCGGGGGACUCAGUCAUGGUAAUUGAGAGUAUGAAGAUGGAGGUCAAUAUCUCCGUGGCGGCCUCUGGGAAAUUCCAGACAGAUUGGAAGGUCGGAGACGCAGUGGAGGAAGGGAAGGUACUUUGUUCAAUUGUUUAG